UUCAUAUAAUUUUACUCAUUCUGCUAUUUUGAGACUGAUUUCUGCCUGCUCACUGUUAAUUUGUGGUGAAAUACGCUCAUAGAUUUCUGGGUGAAAAACACGCUGAUGUAUUUCUGGUAGACGAAAAAGUAGGAACGAAUUGGCAAUCGGCACGCGCUGGUCCUUCUCGUUAUUAAACAUUCUCUGCAAAUGCUAUUUAAUAAUUAAAGAAAGAUUGGAAAGAAAUGAAGAAAGUUUUGGUAACAGGUGGCAGUGGGUUAGUUGGAAAUGCUUUGCACACGGUAAUUAAUGAGAGUACCUCUGGAGAUGAAUGGAUUUUUGUUGGUUCAGCAGAUGCCGAUUUGACGGACAGCAAUGCAACCAAAGCUUUAUUUGAUCGAAUUAAACCAACUCAUGUCGUUCAUUUAGCUGCAAUGGUUGGAGGUCUUUUCCACAAUAUGAACAAUAACUUGGAUUUUCUGCGUAAAAAUAUGCAAAUAAAUGACAACGUACUUCAACAGUCAUACGAACAUGAUUGUGCCAAGGUAAUUUCUUGUCUUUCUACGUGCAUUUUUCCUGACAAAACCAGUUACCCAAUUGAUGAGACAAUGGUUCACAAUGGUCCCCCACAUCCUUCCAAUUAUGGUUAUUCAUAUGCAAAAAGGUUAAUCGAUAUUCAAAAUCGUGGAUAUUAUGAGAAAAGCGGUUGUAUGUUUACUUCUAUAAUUCCUUGCAAUAUCUUUGGUCCACAUGAUAAUUACAAACCUGAGGUCAGUCACGUAAUUCCUGGUAUGAUCAACCGUAUGUAUGACCUGAUACAUACUGUUAAAGACUUGCCGGAAGAGGAAAAGGUUUUUGUAGUAUUUGGCAGCGGCAAACCUUUACGACAAUUCAUAUAUUCCAUAGACUUGGCCAAAUUAAUAAUUUGGGUUUUAGAUAAUUACGAAAGCGUGGAGCCAUUGAUAUUGAGUGUAGACGAAGAAGAUGAAGUAAGUAUUUUUGAUGCUGCAAUGGCCGUAGCGAAGGCUUUUGAUUUCAAGGGAAAACUAAUUUGUGAUACCAGUAAAGCUGACGGACAACAUAAAAAGACUGCUUCUAACAAAAAACUACGGAAUUUGCUGCCUAAUUUUCAAUUUACUCCCUUUGAAGAUGGCAUUAAAGCCUCUGUAGCUUGGUAUAUUGAAAAUAUAACUAAAGCUAGAAAGUAAAAUUCUUUAUUUUUGUAGACUCACAAAAUUUUUAUUUUUAUAUUAUUUCUUCCUUAAACAAUCGUUGUAAAUAUAAGGUACAAUAUUUAUAAAAUAUACGGAAAAUACUACGAAA